GAACGUAUCGGCAUUGGCACUGCCAGAGCAGAACAGACUAGAUGUAUAUACGGUACCACAGUUGCAACUAAAAUAAUAACACAAGUGGUUUGCGUUCGCGGGUAGGUACUACAAUAUCGGCAGUCGCGACGACUAAGAAGAAGUAAAAGGAAGGAAGAACGACGAGAAGAAUAAAGUGAGAAUAAGAAGACAGCGGACUCGUUACUCAGUAGUGUGCAUUUGUGCAGUAAGGUGGUCGCGAUUACCAGCUGACGGUCGCAGGCACCAGGCAGGGCACUGACACUUCUGGUCUCUCGGCGGCGGAUUUUGGGAAGAACGAACGAAGAACGUUUUUGCCUUCUUCGCGAGCUUUGUAUUCUCUCGAUUGUCGUUUCGAUGUAAUUUGGUGGCAACGGCCAGGGCUAGGACACUAUUACUCGGUGCUCUGCACACCACACAGGACCGGGAUGCAAAAACAAAAAAUAAAAAAGUGAGCGCGCCCACCAUACCAGUGGCACUACCAGUGGUACUUAUUAAUGCGAAGUGCAUGUGCGAGCCGCGAUCUUGUUUCGCGGCGCAUUCUUGAACCUUCCGGCGAUGCUGACGGGGUCACCGCGGCUAAUGCAACUACAAACAAUAGGACUGACAUGAUGGUCUACCCGGACCCCCAAUGGACCUGUUCGGCUACAGCCCCCAUGCUCCAACUAUAUGAGGAUGUCAGUUAUAGAGUGAAUGUAGUGGAAGCCUUACAAGAAUUCUGGCAAAUGAAACAAGCCAGAGGUGCAGAUCUACGUAAUGGUGCCCUUGUAAUAUACGAAUCAGUCCCUUCGAAUGCUCAACCAUAUGUUUGUUAUGUUACAUUACCAGGUGGAUCUUGCUUUGGUAGUUUUCAAAACUGUCCAACCAAAGCUGAAGCACGUCGGAGUGCAGCGAAAAUAGCUUUAAUGAAUUCCGUUUUUAAUGAACAUCCUUCUAGAAGAAUAUCUGACGAUUUUAUAGAAAAAGCAGUGGCAGAGGCACGAUCAUCUUUUAAAGGUGAAAGUGAAGAAGCCGACAAUCCAAAUACAGGCAUAGGCGCCUUCAGAUUUAUGUUAGAAUCGAACAAAGGGCGUACUAUGUUAGAAUUUCAAGAAUUAAUGACAGUGUUUCAACUUCUUCAUUGGAACGGUAGCCUUAAAGCCAUGCGUGAACGACAAUGUAGUAGACAAGAAGUUGUAGCCCAUUACUCAAACAGAGCCUUGGAUGAUGACAUGAGGUCCCAAAUGGCAUUAGAUUGGAUAGCUAGGGAACAAGAAUGUUCGGGUUCGCUCAGGAAAGAGCUUAAUCAGGCUGAAAGGGAAUUAGAAUCUGCAAGAUUAGCUGGUCGAGAACUUAGGUUUCCCAAAGAAAAAAAGGACAUUCUUAUUUUGGCUCAUAGUCAGUUGUAAAUACGCCCGUGAUGAAGAAAAAGGUUCGUCGUAAUAAAGGAAGACAUUUUGUAAAGUUGUUGUCAACAAAUGUGAUCAAAUUUUUUUAAUAAAUAUAAAACGAUACAAAAUGAGAAUGCAUAUAUUAUUGCCAUAGUUAUUUCUCAUUUUGAUCGAGGUAAAGAGUGACAGUAAUUAUGAAGAUAUUUGCAUUGUCACUAAUUCAUUCAUAAACGAAUAUCAUAAUUUUUUAAAAACUUUAUAAUGAUGUCAAGUAAUAUGCAGAAGAAUUCAUGUAAAAACAGAUAUUCUUAAACUAAUUAAAAAAACUACACUAUUCUGGCACGAUUUUAAGUGGGCCAAAAUAAGAGCAUAGUAGAAUAGUGAAAGUAAAUAAUAAAAUAAAGUAUGGAAAUGCCUAAUGGUCCUAAAUGCAGAUAAUUCAAAGUAGAAAUAUAUUCAGAAUAUAAAUGUGACAUAUACAGUGUUCCCUUUUUUUUAAAUACAUUAUCUAAAGUAGUAUUUGUAAUAUUGUAAAAUUUCACUGAUUUUUAGGCAUUUUCAAUCUUCUAUAUUUUUUGUAAUAUAGCUACAGAAGGAACUAUACUGCAUUGCAAUUGAGUUUUCACUAAUAAAUUUAGAAAUUCUCAAAACAUAUUGGUGUUUGUUUAAGUGUUGUUACUGAUUACUAACAUUUUAAAAAAAACAUAUUAAUUUACAAAUAUUUCCUAUUCAGAUCCUAUUUAUUUCCAUUCAUUCAUAUAAAUUUGAAAUUAUUUAAAAAAUGAUGUAUCCCACCAAAUUCACAAAUUAUAUUCUAACAUCCUCAGAAUCUAACUGACACUAUUUUCCACAAUAAUAUUUUAAUAAAGAUUAUUAGAUGAUGA